UGGGUGUGUUUUCCUUUAAAUGCCCGCUGAGCAGCCGAGCGGAGAUCAUCCGACAGCAGAGAGGACGCUCGGCCUCAGCAGCUCAGAUCAGCGCGCACGAUGGACUGAUAAACAUCCCCGUUGGAGGCCAUGAUCGGAUUUGUCUGCUAUGGAAAUGGAUAUGAUACCUAAGUUCUCCUCAAAAGAUGAGGAGAUUGACUUCUGGAAGGCUCUUUCCUUCAAAUACAAGAAAGGCUGCGAGGAGGCUCAGGAGGAGCUGCUGGAGUUUCAGGAGGGGAGCAGGGAGCUGGAGGCUGAACUGGAGGCCCAGCUAGGCCAGGCUGAACAUCGCAUCAGGGACCUGCACUCUGAGAACCAAAGACUCAAGAAUGAGGCUGAAACACUCAAGAUAAGCACCAAGACCCACAUUGAGUGGCUUUGUUUGGUGUAG